AUGGGUUGGCGAGCCUGGCAAUGUUUCAUGCCAUUCUGGUCGUGGAUGGCCCAUUGGAUGACGGGACUCGGGGGUCGCUCCAAUACGGAAGCCAUCGCCUUGUCACCCAUCGGAGCGACUCCAUCAAGCUCCAUUACACUGCGCUGCACAGCCUUCUUUCAUUCUCCAGUUCUCCCCCAAUCUCCAGUUAUCAGGACGUCCGAACCCACAGGCCCCUAG